AUGUCGAUGGCUGUAGAGACCUUUGGCUUCUUCAUGGCAGCCCUGGGGCUGCUGAUGCUGGGGGUGACUCUGCCACACAGCUACUGGCGAGUGUCCACCGUGCACGGGAACGUCAUCACCACCAACACCAUCUUCGAGAACCUCUGGCAUAGCUGUGCUACCGACUCCCUUGGAGUCUACAACUGCUGGGAGUUCCCGUCCAUGCUGGCCCUCUCUGGGUACAUCCAGGCCUGCCGGGCACUCAUGAUCACCGCCAUCCUCCUGGGCUUCCUGGGCCUCUUCCUGGGCAUAGUGGGGCUGCGCUGCACAAACAUUGGGAGCAUGGUGCUGUCCAGGAAAGACAAGCUGGCAGCCACCGCUGGGGCCCUGGACAUACUGGCUGGUCUCUGCGGGAUGGUGGCCAUCUCUUGGUACGCCGCCAACAUCACCCAGAACUUCUUUGACCCGUUGUAUGCUGGAACCAAGUAUGAGCUAGGCCCUGCCCUCUACCUGGGCUGGAGCGCCUCCCUGCUCUGCAUGCUGGGCGGCAUCCUCCUCUGCUCAAACUGUUGCUGCCGUCCUGACGACGACGCUGCCCCGGCUGCCAGCCCCCGGCUGCCCUACAAGGCUUCCCAGACCAAGACGCAGUCCGUUCGCCUCUCUGCCCACCUGGCCCCUACGGCCUCGGAUGAAGAAGUCUUCGACAGCCCUAACCAAUACGGGAUACACGCUUACGUCUAGGAGGCCUGGUCUGUGGACCCCAUUUCCCUUCCUACUGCCCCCAGCGGAGGGCGGGAUCCUCGGGACCCCGGGGCCCCAGGCCUCCACCUAUUCUCCCUGAGAUAACUUCAGGGG